CAAAUCCACAGGCCAAGCAUGGGGAGACGCACCAGAAUACUCAUAUGGAUGCUUGACUGGAUGAUAAUAUACUUUGGAUUAAGCACCACACAGACAGAUGCUCAUAACAAACAAGUCUGUAGCACAUGGGGCAACUUCCACUUCAAGAAAUUUGAUGGAGGUAUUUUCCACCUACCAUCCACUUGUAAUUAUAUCAUGUGCGCAAUGUGUCGAAGCAGCUACGAGGACUUCAACAUUCAGAUGAGACGUCAAGUAGUAAAUGACCAACCAACCAUCACUAACAUCACAAUGAAGUUGGACAGCACUGUAGUGGAGCUCACCAAAACCUCUGUCAGGGUAGACGGAAGAGAGAUGAAUCUGCCAUUUAGCCGCUCUGGUAUUCUUAUCUAUAAGAGUUCCUCCUAUGUCAAAGUCACUGCUAAACACGGACUGGUGACCACGUGGAUGAAUGAGGAUGACUCUUUCACUGUUGAAUUGGACAUGAUGUACCAAAAUAAGACCUGCGGAUUGUGUGGAGACUUCAGUGGCAUCCAGUUACACAAUGAGUUCAUCAAAGAUGAUGUUGACAGAUCUACAUAUGACUAUGGACACUUUGCAAAAUCAGAUAGAUGUAUGGAACAGAUGAGUUCAACAAAGCCAUGCAAAAAAAUGACAUCAGCAUGUGAGCAGCUGCUUUCAGGUCCAUCUUUCAGCAGCUGUAAGGACCUCGUACCUCUUGACUCCUUCAUCAAAGCCUGUGAAUUGGACAUGUGCUACUGCACCAACAGGACCAGAUCCUUUUGUGUUUGCAGAACCAUCUCAGAAUAUUCUCGCCAGUGCAUCCAGGCGGGUGGAAAGCCUGACCCGUGGAGGACUGAGCAGUUCUGUGGUAAAUCGUGUCCUUACCACAAUAUGGUGCAUGAAGAAUGUGGAAACCCUUGUAUCAACACUUGUUCAAACCCUGACAGAAGUCAAAUUUGUGAAGACCACUGUAUCGAUGGGUGUUUCUGUCCUGAAGGAUACCUGUUUGAUGACCUCACUGAUAGAGGUUGUAUUGCCAAGAAUCAGUGUCCCUGCAUCCACAAUGGAAAAAUAUAUGAACCAGGACAGACUUACAGAAGUAACUGUAAAGAAUGCACUUGUGUUGAUAAUCUAUGGAGCUGCGAGGACAGAGAUUGCCCAGGGAUUUGCUCUGUCGAAGGUGGUUCCCAUAUUACCACUUAUGACGGGAAGACAUACAGUUUUCAUGGAGACUGUAAUUACGUUCUUUCUAAGCAGACUAGUGACAAUGAGUUUACAGUUUUGGGGGAUCUGAUGAAAUGUGAGGCUGAUACAUGUCUGAAGGCAGUAACUAUUUUUCUGUCAAAGAGGAAUAUAGUGUUCAGCAUCCAGUCUGAUGGAAAAGUGUUGGUUAAUAGAAUGUAUUCACAGCUCCCUCUUUCCAUAGCUGACGUGAUGAUUUUCAAACCCACCACAUUUUUCAUCAUCGUCCAGACAUCUUUCGGACUUGAGCUAGAGAUCCAGCUCAUACCAAUAAUGCAGGUUUAUAUAAAAGUUGAUGUGACUUACAAGCAGAAAACAAAUGGUUUGUGUGGGAACUUCAAUAGUAUUCGAGCAGAUGACUUCAUAACUGUUAGUGGAUCUCCUGAAGCUACAGCAGUAGAUUUUGCCAAUGGCUGGAAAUCACGAGCCAACUGCCCCGAUGUUAAAAACAGCUUUGAGGAUCCCUGCAGUCUCAGAUUAGAUAAUGAGAGAUAUGCUAAGAAAUGGUGCUCUCUGCUGUCAGACCCUAAUGGGGUGUUUGCUCCAUGCCACAAAGAGAUCAGCCCUGAUUUCUAUCAAAUGAUCUGCAUGUAUGAUGCAUGUAAUUGUGAGAGAAGUGAGGACUGCAUGUGUGCCGCGUUGUCUUCAUACGUACACAACUGUGCUGCAAAAGGGAUUCAUCUGCCUCACUGGAGAAACACUGCAUGCAGUAAAUUUUCAGCCCGCUGUCCCAGCAACAUGGUUUAUUCUUACACAGUUCAAAACAACAGUCGUUCCUGCCGUUGCAACAGUGACCCAGACUUCACUUGUGGUGUCACAUUUGAGCCUGUAGAUGGGUGUAUCUGUGCAGAGGGGACAUUCCUUGAUGAAGAAGCAAAAUGUGUCCCUUUAUCUAGUUGUUCCUGCUACAUCAAAGGCACAGUGAUUGCCGCAGGAGAAGUUAUCAACAGAGAUGGCACCAUGUGCACUUGCAGGAAUGGGAGACUCAGUUGCAUUGGACAGAGAAUUAGCCAACAAUCUUGUCCUCAACCUAUGCUGUUCUUCGACUGCACUAGUGCUGCUCCUGGAUCUACAGGAUCAGAGUGUCAAAGGAGCUGCAGCACUCUAGAUAUGGCUUGUAUUAUCACUGAGUGCAUCUCAGGCUGUAUGUGUCCAUCUGGACUGGUAUCAGACGGUAGGGGUGGCUGCAUCAAAGAAGACCUUUGUCCUUGCAUUCACAAUGGAACUGAACACCAACCUGGAGAUAAAAUCAAAGUGGACUGCAAUAGCUGUACCUGUAGAGAUAGGAAAUGGGAAUGUACCACAAACCCGUGCCAUGGAACCUGCUUAGUUCAUGGAGAUGGCCAUUACAUUACAUUUGAUGGAAAGACAUUCACUUUUGAUGGACAAUGUGAAUACACAUUAAUCACGGAUUAUUGCGGUCAUGCCAAUACCAGUGGUACUUUUCGAGUUCUCACUGAAAACAUAUCAUGUGGAUCUACUGGCACCACUUGCUCUAAGGCUGUCAGACUCUUCCUUGGGAACAAGGAGCUCAAACUAACAGGUGGAGGUUAUCUGAUUUUUCAUAAAGAUGAGGGAGAGGACAUUCCUUACCAAAUUUUGGUGAGAGGAAUUUACAUGGUCAUUGAGGCAAAUAAUGGAUUAAUUGUCAUGUGGGACCAGAGGGCAAAUAUGUUCAUCAAACUCAGUCCAAACUUUAAGGGUGCUGUUUGUGGUCUUUGCGGGAACUUUGAUGGAAACGCAAACAACGACUUCAUGUUGAGAAGUCAGGAGGUGGUAAUUAAACCCUUGGACUUUGGAAACGAUUGGAAAGAGUCUUCUAGCUGUCCUGUUACUAUGGAAAUUAGAAAUCCCUGCUCAAAUAACCCUUACAGGCAAUCAUGGGCUCAGAAACAAUGUAGUAUCAUUAAGAGUGAAGUUUUUACAUCAUGUCAUUCUCAAGUGGAUCCCAAUCAUUUUUAUGACGCUUGUGUGAGAGACUCAUGUGCUUGUGAUAGUGGUGGGGAUCAUGACUGUUUGUGCGCUGCUAUAGCAACCUAUGCACAAGCCUGUAAUGAGGCUGGAGCCUGCGUUGCCUGGAGAACACCUAAAAUAUGCCCAUUGUUCUGUGAUUAUUACAACACUCCUGGGAAAUGUGAGUGGCAGUACAAACCUUGUGGAGCUCCUUGUCUGCAGACCUGCAGAAAUCCAACUGGGCAGUGCUCAAGUCAGAUACUAGCACUUGAAGGUUGUUACCCCAGAUGUCCACCUGGACAUCCUUACUUUGAUGAGGAUACAAUGAAAUGUGUUAAAAAGGAGCAGUGUGGCUGCUAUGAUAAACAGGGGGAAUAUUACAGCGAUCAAGAGAAAGUUCCUUCAAUAGAAAAUUGUCAAAUAUGCUAUUGCAAUUCCAUGGAGAUCAACUGCAAAUACAAUGCAACUGCGUGCACCUGCACAUUCAAAGGGAACAAAUAUAUGUAUGGAGAUACAAUAUAUAAUACUACAGAUGGGGUUGGCAGCUGCAUGACAGCUGUCUGUGAGGAACAUGGAAUAAUUCAAAAGACUUCAUACCCUUGUCAAACAUUACAUCCAACAACAACUUAUACCUCAACUACUAUCUUUGACUUUUCCAGUAAAACAGCAGAGACAACUUCGUCAGGAAUGACAGCCAAAUACACUACAGAAAACUUUCCAACAAAGACAGUAUUUUCAUUCACUACAUCUACCACUACUACAAGCAUAACCACAACUCCGAAACCAAUUACAACAUCCACUUCUACUCCUUCUCCAAGUUUGUCAGCUAGCAUGCCUAUACCACUGACAAUAACACCAACAGUCCAAAUUUCCUCCACUGUUACAAGUAAAUCAACAACUCUUUCAACAAUAGCAUUUACUACAACUGCCUCAGCAUUUUCUCAUAAAUCCACAACAUUGAAAACAACCAUCCUUACUCCUACCCCUGGAUGUAUUUGCCAUUGGUCAGAUUGGAAUGACUUUGUGGGUCCAAAAACAGGUCCUGAUGGUGGUGAAGUAGUGCCUAUUAAAAUAUUGACUGACACCUAUCCUACCUUAUGCCCAGCACUAAAGGAAGUACAAUGCCGUGCAAAACGUUAUCCUGGAGUUCCUCUUUCACAACUUGGACAGAUUGUUAAAUGCAAUGUAAAAGAUGGUCUAAUUUGCUUGAACAAAAACCAAGGCCUUGCACAGCAAUGCUAUAACUAUGAGAUUAGAGUAUUCUGUUGUGAUGAAAACUGUGGCAACAUCACAACUACAGCUGUAACAACAACGUCACCAGGAAGUACAAAAUCAACGGUCCAAAGUUCUUCCACUGUUACAAACAUAUCCACAGAUCUAUCAACAAUUUCUACUGCUACACUUUCACCAACUUUUUCUGCCAGCAUGCCAACACCAAAGGAGAGUAUAUCAACAACAACAGGAACAACUUCAACAAAGAUGACUGCUACACCUUCAGUUUCUUCAACAAGCAGCUUUUCACAACAAAUUACAGCUCUGACAGUCCAGAGUUCCCCAACUGGUAAAGGCAUACCUACAACUCCAACAACAUUGUUUACAGGUACACCAUCACAAAUAUUUUCAACUGGCAUAACUUCACCACUGACUAAAACAUCAACAGUCCAGAAUUCCUCCAUUAUUACAAGCAUAUCUACAAAUCCAACAACAAAAACAUCUUCUGCAACUCCAUCAAUGACUUCUUUAAUUUCAGCAUCAUUGAGAACAAGCACACUUACUCCUACUCCUGGAUGUAAUUGUCAUUGGUCAGACUGGAACGACUUUGGAGGACCAACAACAGGUCCUGAUGGUGGAGAAAUAGUACCUAUCGAAACAAUAACUGAGAAUUAUAACACCAUUUGCUCAGUGCCAAAGGAAGUAGAAUGUCAUGCAAAACAUUAUCCUGGAAUUCCUCUUUCACAGCUGGGCCAGGCUGUGAAAUGCAAUAUGAAAGAUGGACUUGUUUGCUUAAAUAAACACCAAGGCCUUUCACAGCAGUGCUAUGACUAUGAGAUUAGAGUAUUCUGUUGUGAUGAAAACUGUGGCAACACCACAUCACAGUCCUCAACUAUAGCUGUCACAACAAUGUCAUCAGCAAGUGUGCAUACACCACCAAAUAUAACAACAACGAUCCAAAGUUCUUCCACUGUUACAAACAUAUUCACAGAUCUGUCAACAAUUUCUACUGCUACACCUUCACCAACUUUUUCUGCCAGCAUGCCUACACCAAGUGAGAGCAUAUCGACAACUACAGCAACAACUUCAACAAAGAUGACUGCUACACCUUCAAUUUCUUCAACACGCAGCUUUUCACAACAAAUUACAACUCUGAGAGUACAGAGUUCCCCAACUAGUAAAAGCUUACCUACAACUCCAACAACAUUGUCUACAGAUACACCUUCAUCAAGAUUUUCAACUGGUAUAACUACACCAUUGACUAAAACAUCAACAGUCCAGAAUUCCUCCAUUAUUGCAAGCAUAUCUACAACUCCAACAACAAAAACAUCUUCUGCAUCUCCAUCAAUGACUUCUUUAACAUCAACAACAUUGAGAACAAACACACUUACUCCUACCCCUGGGUGUAACUGUCAUUGGUCAGAUUGGAAUGACUUUGGUAGAACAACAACAGGUUCUGAUGGUGGAAAAAUAGUACAUAUCGGAAGAAUAACUGACAAUUAUAACACAAUUUGCACAGUGCCAAAGGAAGUAGAAUGUCGUGCAAAACAUUAUCCUGGAAUUCCUAUUUCACAGCUGGGCCAGGCUGUGAAAUGUAAUAUGAAAGAUGGACUAAUUUGCUUAAAUAAACACCAAGGCCUUUCACAGCAAUGCUAUGACUAUGAGAUUAGAGUAUUCUGUUGUGAUGUAAAGUGUGGCAACAUCACAACAGAGCCCUCGACAACAGCUGUUACAACAAUGUCAUCGGCAAGUGUGCAUAUACCACCAAGUACAACAUCAAUGAUCCAAAUUUCUUCCACUGUUACAAACAUAUUCACAGAUCUGUCAACAACUUCUACUGCUACACCUUCACCAACUUUUUCUGUCAGCAUGCCUAUACCAAGUGAGAGCAUAUCGACAACUGCAGCAUCAACUUCAACAACGUUUUCUGCUACACCUUCAACAUUUUCAACAAGCAGGUUUACACAUGUUACAAGACCAGCAGUCCAGAGUUCCCCCACUGGUAAAAGCAUAUCUACAACUUUAACAACAAUCUCUACUGCUAGACCUUCACUAUCAUUUUCACAUGGCAUGACUACACCACAGAUAAAAACAUCUACAGUCCAGAAUUCCUCCAAUACUACAAGCAUGACAAAACAAUCUUUAACUACAGAAGCUGCAGGGAUAUCAUCAACAAGUGUGUAUAUACCACUAACUUCAACGUCAAGAGUGCAUAGUUCCUCCAACAUUACAACCAGAUAUGCAGAUACAUCAACAAAAAUUUCUACUGGUAUGGCUUUGCCAACUAUGUCAGCCAGCAUGCCUACAACAUCAGCUACCUCAUCAACAAGCAUAACUUCAUCCACAAGUAAAAGCUUAUCAAUGACUACAGCAACAGCUUCAACAAGGAUGACUGCUACACCUUCAAUUUCUUCAACAAGCAGCUUUUCACAACAAAUUACAACUCUGAGAGUCCAGAGUUCCCCAACUGGUAAAGGCAUACCUACAACUUCAACAGUAUUGUCUACAGGUACACCUUCAUCAAGAUUUUCAACUGGCAUAACUACACCACUGACUAAAACAUCAACAGUCCAGAAUUCCUCCAUUAUCACAAGCAUAUCUAUAACUCCAACAACAAAAACAUCUUCUGCAACUCCAUCAACGACUUCUCUAACACCCACAACAUUGAGAACAAACACACUUACUCCUACUCCUGGAUGUAAUUGUCAUUGGUCAGACUGGAACAACUUUGGAGGACCAACAACAGGUCCUGAUGGUGGAGAAAUAGUAGCUAUCAGAAGAAUAACUGAGAAUUAUCACAAGAUUUGCUCAGUGCCAAAGGAAGUAGAAUGUCGUGCAAAACAUUAUCCUGGAAUUCCUCUUUCACAACUGGGCCAGGCUGUGAAAUGCAAUAUGAAAGAUGGACUAGUUUGCUUAAAUAAACAUCAAGGCCUUUCACAGCAAUGCUAUGACUAUGAGAUUAGAGUAUUCUGUUGUGAUGAAAACUGUGGCAACAUCACAACACAGUCCUCAAGUACAGCUGUUACAACAAUGUCAUCAACAAGUGUGCAUGUACCACCAAGUUGGUCAAUGGUCCAAAGUUCUUCCACUGUUACAAACAUAUUCACAGAUCUAUCAACAAUUUCUAAUGCUACACCUUCACCAACUUUUUCUGCCAGGACACCUAUACCAAGUGAGAGCAUAUCGAGAACUACAGCAACGACUUCAUCAAUGUUUUCUGCUACACCUUCAACAUUUUCAACAAGCAGGUUUACACACGUUACAAGUCCAGCAGUCCAGAGUUCCCCACUGGUAAAAGCAUACCUACAACUUUAACAUCAAUCUCUACUGCUACACCUUCACCAAGAUUUUCAACUGGCAUUACUACACCACUGACUAAAACAUCAACAGUCCAGAAUUCCUCCAUUAUCACAAGCAUAUCUAUAACUCCAACAACAAAAACAUCUUCUGCAACUCCAUCAACGACUUCUCUAACACCCACAACAUUGAGAACAAACACACUUACUCCUACUCCUGGAUGUAAUUGUCAUUGGUCAGACUGGAACAACUUUGGAGGACCAACAACAGGUCCUGAUGGUGGAGAAAUAGUAGCUAUCAGAAGAAUAACUGAGAAUUAUCACAAGAUUUGCUCAGUGCCAAAGGAAGUAGAAUGUCGUGCAAAACAUUAUCCUGGAAUUCCUCUUUCACAACUGGGCCAGGCUGUGAAAUGCAAUAUGAAAGAUGGACUAGUUUGCUUAAAUAAACA